AUGACCCCGAUUGUGGUCGAAGCAGUAAAAAAAGAUACGAUACAAUUUGGUCAGAGCGUACUCAAUCAAAAGGCGAUUGAUCGUUAUCAGGCCAAUAAUGUUGCGCAAUUGCUCGAUCAUAUGCCCAGUGUAGGUUCAGCAGGAUCUCCACGUCCAGGAGGGCAAACGAUUAAUAUCUUGGGGAUGGGUGGGGUAGCCGAUGUACCAAUCACCUUAGACGAUUCUGUUAAAACGUUUGAUAAAUAUCGACAAGGUUCAGUCUUUAUUGAACCUGAGAUUUUAAAGAAAAUCACCGUGGAUAAAGGGCCACAUAACGUCGAAGUCGGUAAUGGUGGUUUUGGUGGUAAAGUUACACUGGAAACUAAAGAUGCGACAGAUUUGCUUGAUGAGGCCGACAAUGGGCUGGUCGAUGGUCUGUUUUACUAUACAAACCGAGACAGCGGAAAUGUAAAGCGACCUGAUGGCAGUGAGUUUUUAUAUUCUGGACAAGAGCAAGAAACCUAUUUAGCCAAACUGAACUUUUAUCCUGCCGAUGGUCAUAAAAUUUCUUUAAAUGCCAUGCGCAGUGGGCAUGAAGGUUGGGAACCUUUUGCUGCCAUGCGUGAUCAAGAUGCCGUGCCGACUGAAGCUGAUAUUGCCAAAUAUGGUUAUGAUGAGGCUUGGAAACGCCGUUUGGUCGACCGUGAUCAGGAAGAUACCAGUUAUUCUGCAAGUUAUGAAUUCAAUCCUGAUGCUAACCCAUAUCUAAACUUAAAAGCUGUCGCAUCCUAUUCCAAGACCUAUCAGCAUGAUUUACGCUUGCCAAGUGUGACGGGUUCAGCGGCACUGUUAGGCAAUGAAAGCUGGAUUGGCGCGCAAUACCAGAAAAUGGAACAAAACUCGCUGAUUUAUGACAAAAAUAAUGUGAAAAAGCCUGACUAUAAUUUUGGUUAUUAUGAACCGAACUAUAUGCCUGCUGGUGAUCAGCAAAUGCUGAGUGCAUUUAUUGAAGAUCAGUAUCAGAUUAAUAAUCUCAUCAUUACCCCAUCGCUACGUUAUGAUCAUAUUGAAAAUAACGGUAAGCCAAAUCGUGCAUCACGAUUUAAUGAUCCGGCUGCUGGACAUGAUUAUUCCAGUAAAACCUAUACAGGCUGGUCUCCUCGUUUAGCGAUAUCUUGGAAACAGACCGACUACAUGACAUGGUUUGCUAACGUGAGUAAAACUUGGCGUGCGCCUCGUGUAGAUGAACAAUAUUAUGUGCAAUCCGCAGCAACCACUGUUCCAUCGACCAGUCGUUAUUUAGUUCCUGAAAAAAUGUUGGCGAUUCGUGUCGGAAAUGAGAUGAAUUUUGACGAUGUGUUUAGCAAUGAAGAUCAUCUGCAAGUGCGUUUAACUUAUCAUCAUAAUCGUGGGGGCGAUGAGAUAUUCCGCAAUCGCUCAACAUUUUGUCAAGCACAAGCAGAAAACAAUGCCAACAACGGAUCAGGCAGCGUAGCAGACUGUAAAGGUAAUUAUGAUCAUGGUUUUUAUCGUAAUGUGACUGAUUACACCAUCAAAGCCUAUGAAGCCGAAGCUUUCUAUAAUCAGCCGACUUGCCACAGCGACUUUAGGGGUGAAUGUGCCUGA